GCUUUGUCUCCUCGCGGUGACUGCUGCCAAAUGAAGCGCCGUGCGGCGUGGUGGCGGGGUCCCAGCGGAAGGCACAGACGAGGUCCGCGCGCCGUCCCCAGCUGCACUUGGCUGCCGGCCCGCGACGCUCGGAGGCCGCCCAGUUGCUAGGCAGCCGCGUCGGGCGCGGGAGGCGGGGUGGGCGAUGGACCAGUACUGCAUCCUGGGCCGCAUCGGGGAGGGCGCGCACGGCAUUGUCUUCAAGGCGAAGCACGUGGAGACUGGAGAGAUCGUUGCCCUCAAGAAGGUGGCCCUGCGGCGCCUGGAGGAUGGCAUCCCCAACCAGGCCCUGCGGGAGAUCAAGGCCCUGCAGGAGAUCGAGGACAAUCAGUAUGUGGUGCAGCUGAAGGCCGUAUUUCCACAUGGGUCAGGCUUUGUGCUGGCCUUCGAGUUCAUGCUGUCAGAUCUGGCUGAGGUGGUGCGCCACACCCAGAGGCCACUUGCUCAGGCACAAGUCAAGAGCUACCUGCAGAUGCUGCUUAAAGGUGUCUCCUUCUGCCAUGCCAAUAACAUCGUGCAUCGGGACCUGAAACCAGCCAACCUGCUCAUCAGUGCCUCAGGCCAGCUCAAGAUAGCGGACUUUGGCCUGGCCCGGGUCUUUUCCCCAGAUGGCAGCCGCCUCUACACGCACCAGGUGGCCACCAGGUGGUACCGAGCCCCCGAGCUUCUGUACGGUGCCCGCCAGUAUGACCAGGGGGUCGACCUGUGGGCUGUGGGCUGCAUCCUGGGGGAGCUGUUGAAUGGGUCCCCGCUUUUCCCAGGGGAGAACGACAUCGAACAGCUUUGCUGUGUACUUCGCAUCUUGGGCACCCCCAGCCCUCAAAUCUGGCCGGAGAUCACGGAGCUGCCGGACUAUAACAAGAUCUCCUUCGAGGAGCAGGCGCCUGUGCCCCUAGGAGAGGUGCUGCCGGAUGCCUCUCCCCAGGCCUUGGACCUGCUUGGGCAGUUCCUCCUCUACCCUCCACGCCAGCGUAUUGCAGCCUCUCAGGUCUGGAAUGAGGUUUCAGGGACCAAGGAAUUGUGGAGGCAGCUGUGUCUGAGACGCUGGUCCUCCUGUAAAGACUCCCAGAUGACUCCAGGCACACGAACGUGGAAACAGUACUAUCUCUGCAGAUCUGAGCUGGAGUUCCGAGUGGAAUCUGGGCGCCCAGAGAAGGACUUCGUCUGCAAAGCCAUGGCCGGGCACAAAGGAGAGAUAGCUAAGCUGGCCUAUGUCUCACCCCACAAGUACUGCUUUGACGGGCAUGAGAAGUCUGUGGUGUGCACUGCGUCCUCAGAUGGCACCGUGCGGGCCUGGGAUCUGCAUGAGGGCACAGAGAUCUGGUCGAGUCCUCUACAGCCUGCUGCUCUGGUGAAUUUGGUAACUUACCCUCAGCUGCAGCUGGUUGUCACUGUGGACGAGCAGGGACUAAUCAAAGUGUGGGAAGCAGCGAAUGGGUUGGAGUCAGCUUCCUUCUGCCUACCUACACACUCGUCUGCGUUGGAGGCCUGUGACCAUCCGGAGGGCCCCCUCCUGCUGGCGGCCUGUGCCGACGGAGCACUCUGCACGCUGACGGUGCCCGGGCUGCAGCUGCUGUCCAGGGUGAGCGUGUUCCCGAACCACCCCACCAGUCUGCUGUGCUCUCCUGACUGCAAGUGGGUGUUCGCAUUGGCACAGGACUCAGAUCUGAGCCCCAAGGUGUUCCACACGCACUCCUUGCUGUGUCCAUUGGAAAAUGAGCCUCCUGUCUCCACCGCUCUCCCCAUCUGUCUGACUUCCAGAGCCUGCUGGGCCCCUGAUGAGGCAGCCAGGCUGGUGGUGAUGCACAGAAAUGACAAUGGAGUGCAGUUGGUGGUCACCACCUAUGAUCUAGGGGCUAAGAACUCCAGGGACGCACAAAACAUUCUGGUACAACAGGCCGCAAGUUUCGUCCUACCAGACACCAUGAUACCUCCUCACCUCAUGAAGGGCCACGGCUCCCAAGUGGUUCUGCUGGCAUCCGGGUCCGAGCUGGUGCUAUUCACCAUACACGGCCUGCAGCUGGCAGCCUUCCAGGACCACCAGAAGCCCAUCACGGCCAUGUGCAUGGACCAGAGCCGAGUCAUCACCUCUUCUUUCGACCUCUCCUUGCGAGUCUACCUGUGGAAAAAGGGCAGUAAGUUUCCCGUCCUCAAGAGCUGCUGUCACUUGCUUGGGGGCUCCCACCGGUGGGCCAGUGGAUUUACCCAGGUGGAAAGUGACAGCACGAGCAUCGUGGGCGUGGAAGCCAGAAGCGCUGGCACGAGCAUUCUAAGGUCAUAUUACUUCCAAGUGCAACGAGGCCAAGGCGACUGCAUCGGUUGAAGAUCAUCUCACUUUGGUGAAGCGCUUGUAUACAUACAAAGACUAAAGACUAUAGGGAGACUAUUUUUUCAACGUUGGGAAAGGGCGUAGUAAUUUUCAAAUGCCUUCUAGGGCUGGGCACUGUGUUAUGUGAGUUUAUUUAAAUUGUCACAGCAAACCAAUAAAGCAGGUGUGAUUGUCUGUUUUUCAGACAAGGAACAGGAAAUGUAGCAGGAGAGUCAUUAACCUGUUGUUGGCCCGAGUGCCAGCUGCCUCACAACCUGCCCAGGGCUAUUCAGAUAGUAAGUGGCGGGAGGGAGAGUGCGCGGUGGGGACUAGAAAGCCCACCCGUGAAGUGCUGGGGUUGUGACAGGAUGGUUUUUGUUGCUCACACACUUAAGUAAAUAUAUUUUACCUUCC